GAAUACGCCGACCAGAUACGCGAGCUGGGAGACAACGCCCGGCCAUGAUCGAGCGACCCCAGGGACACCGCGCUCGGGGAGCAGAUCGCGGUGCGGCAGGCGCAGAUCGACAAGCUGUACGCGGGACUGAAGGACCUCGCGCAGGAGCGGCGCGGAAACCUGGACGAAGCCCUCAAGCUGUACAUGCUCAACCGCGAGGUCGACGACCUGCUGCAGUGGAUCGCAGAGCGCGAGGUCGUCGCCAAGUCGCCCGAGCUCGGUCACGACUUCGAGCACGUCUGUAUGCUGCAGGACCGCUUCCGCGAGUUCGCUCGCGAGACGGAGGGCAUCGGCACGGAGCGCGUGAACGCCGGCAACGAGAUCGCCGACGCGCUGAUGAACGCCGGCCACGCCGACGCCGCGCAGAUCGCGCAGUGGAAGGACCAGCUGAACGAGGCGUGGGGAGACCUGCUGGAGCUGAUCGAAACACGCACGCAGAUGCUCGACGCCAGCUACCGCCUGCACAAGUACUACUACGACUGCAGGGACGUGCUCGGCAUGAUCCUGGAGAAGCAGAACUCGAUGUCGGCAUGAGCUGCCGUGUCGUGACGCC